AUGUUCUUCAUCUUUUUUCUUAGUUUCUCUAUCAUAAAUAAAAUCAUUUUCUGCAUCACUUGCCUUUUCUUAUUUUCGCUUCCGUCUAACUUUUCUUCUUUCUCUCCAAACUGCCACCCACGCCUCUCUUUUUACUUCAUUGCUUCUUUGUUCUGCCCAACCACGUUUUUUUUUCUUUUUUAUUUUCUUUUUUUUUUCUUUUUUUUUUUCUUUUUGGUUAUCCUAUAUUUUUCUUUGCUGGCUUCUUCCUUGCAAUACUUUUUCAUCUUUUUCUAUGAAAUCGUCUUCUUCGCUUUGUCGUUUUUUCUUUCUUUCUUUCUUUCUUUCUUUCUUUCUUUUUUCUUUCUUUCUUUCUUUCCACCUCUUAUAAUCUUUCUUUCUUUCUUUCUUUCUUUCUUUCCUUCUACCUCUUAUAAUCUGACUUUCUUUCUUUCUUUCUUUCUUUCUUUCUUUCUUUCUUUCUUUCUUUCUUUCUAUGCUUUUCAAGUUGUUCUUUUUUCUUUCUCUCUUUCUUUCCCUCUUUCUUUAUUUGUUUCUUUCUUUCUUGUCUGUUUAUAUUUUUUCUUUGUUUGCUUCUAUGCGUUUCAAGUUGUCGUUCUUUCUUUCUUUUUUCUUUCUUUCUUUUUUUUCUUUCUUUUUUUCUUUUUUUUUCUUUCUUUCUUUCUAUGCUUUUCAAGUUGUUCUUUUUCUUUCUCUCUUUCUUUCUUUCUUUCUCUCUUUCUUGUCUAUAUUCUUUCUUUGCUUCUAUGCGUUUCAAGUUGUCGUUCUUUCGUUCUUUCUUUCUUUCUUUCUUUUUUGUCUGUUUCUUUGUUUGUAUGCUUUUCAAGUUGUUCUUUUUUCUUUCCCUCUUUCUUUCUUUCUUGUCUGUUUAUAUUUUUUCUUUGCUUCUAUGCGUUUCAAGUUGUCGUUCUUUCUUUCUUUCUUUCUUUUUUCUUUCUUUCUUAUUUUCUUUCUUUCGUAUUUUCUUUCUUUCUUCUUUCUUCGCUUGAUUUUCCUGAUCAUUAUUUUUUGUAUACUUCUUUGUUGUUCUAUAAUUCUUCACUCGUUCUUUCUUUCUUUCUUUCUUUCUUUCUUUCUUUCUUUCUUUCUUUCUUUUGUUUUCCUCAUCACCUUUCUAUGUCUUCUCAACACAUCUUCCCAACACAUUUCUUCUUCUUCUUCUUCUUCUUCUUCUUCUUCUUCUUCCCACCUAUUUUUCAUGUUUCUUUUCUUCCUACUCCUUCUCUCUAUUUCUUUCUUUCUUUCUUUCUUUCUUUCUUUCUUUCUUUCUUUCUUUCUCCCCAUUUUAUUCCCCUCUCUCUUUUUAUCCCCCCCUCUGUAUUUUUACACUUCCACCCUGAAAAUUCCCUUUUUUAUAUGCUUCCCUCUUUAGCGUUCAAUCUUUCCUUUUAUCAAUUCUCAUUAUUAUUUUCAUCGCUUCAUCCACACGAAAAACAAUAUCCCCUUAUUCUAAUUUCUCUCCUUCGUCUUAUAAUUCUCUUCAUUGUGACAACUUUAUACACCCUUGACAAAUCCGAAAGGAUUCUUAUAGUUUCCAGUCAUCUUUCUUUCUUUCUUUCUUUCUUUCUUUCUUUCUUUCUUUCUUUCUUUCUUUCUUUCUACAAUGCAACCAUCCUCUUUCUUUCUUUCUUUCUUUCUUUCUUUCUUUCUUUCUUUCUUUUUCUUAUUGCUUCUCAUAGGCCAUACUCUUUAACUUUUAUUUCUAAGUUUUUUUCUCUCAUAGACCAUCCUCUUUCUUUCUUUCUUUCUUUCUUUCUUUCUUUCUUUCUUUCUUUCUUAGUAAACCGCAAUUCUCUUUAG